GAUCCGUCAUACGCAGUCUGCACUACUUCUGAAUCGAUCCUCAAUAUUGGCUUCGGUCAAGGCCACCGGCCCACUCUCGUCCGAUUGCCAACUUUCCAAUUCAAACCUCGCGCUCGCCUUUCCUGUUGAGCAAUGUCAUUUUAGGAUUUUGACAUCAUCGCACAUUUCGGAUUAGUUGGAACAUUUCUCAAAAUGGAUGCAGGUGGGAUGCCUCUAUACACACAAUUUGUCAACCAAACCCAACAGAGGCAUUUCGGCAACGGGAGUUAUUGGGUCAAAAGGAAGCAAGGAUCACGAUCUCAACGCAGGACAAUGGCCACCGCCUCGACUCUGCUAUACUCCUCACACCAGAGUACUCGCUCUUAACUCUUCAUCUCCUCUCUCCGCUUUUCUUACUCGGCGGCGCAUGUGUGCGUGGGACAAAAAUGGAGUCUUUUUGGGCGAUUGCACUAUGCUAGGCGUUUUAUUUUGUUUUGGGCCAGCAUUCACGCAACAUUGAUACCUUGCUACUGCUUUUCACAUUCCUGCCUGUUCUCCCGCAAUAAGAGAUGGUUCACAUGGCUGGGUUUUUUGUCUGCAUUC